AUGGACUGCGCACCUCAAAUCACAAAUGCUGUUGAAACAGCCAUCCCCUUAUGCCAGAUCAUUUGGUGUGGCGUUCAUGUGUUGCGCGCUGUCAUGAGAAUGGCUGAAAAGUUUCAAGAUCGUUCCAACUUCGAAACUUUCUAUAACUUAAUGAAGUUAUUGGUCUUUGGUUCUGAAGAGGAAGAAAUUGAUCCUGAUGAAGUUUACAACAAUUUAGAAGAAAUUUUAAAUGAGGAACCUGCUGCCCGUGAAUACUUUGACCGACAGUGGCGCCAUCAUCUUGACAGGUGGAUGCUUCGCUAUAGAAAUGAAGGAGAUGGAACAAACAACAUCUCGGAAUCACAUUUCAAGGUUUUGAAGCACCAGUACUUCCCAGAAAGGCGAAAUCUUCGACUCGAUGAACUUGUCAUCGAGUUAUAUUCCAGUGUUGUUCCUUCAUUCCUGAUUAAGUUGCAAAUUAAAGGUCUGGAUUCAGAGAGAAGUGUUAAAGUUAUCAAAAAAGUCACAAGAGAUUUCGAAGAAAUGACACAAUUUAAAAAAGUCGAAUGCAUCAGUAUGCUUGAAGCUGUUCAGAAAGGUCUGAAAAAUGAUACACUUGAUCCCAACAUUGUUUACUCAACAUUAAAAAUAUUAUUGCAAAGAAAACAUUUGAUUUAA